UCAGUCGCGAGCGCGACUCCGUUCCAACUCUUGCGAAAUUCGUGUAUUAUAGUGGGGCGGGUUUUUUAACUUUCGAGCUAGAGAUGACAGUAUUCGCUGACGUCGAGGAUGACGGAGAUGCAGAGUAUGCAGAUCAGUAAUCUAUGGAAAACGAGCUUUGGACUCGGGGGAGUGAUAAGGGUUCAUCGAGUGCAAAUCUUCGAUGUAUUUAUUAUUUUCUAAUGGACUUUCUUCGACACGUGCUUAGGCACUUUCAAGGUUGCUAAGAAUUAAAAAAAAAAAUUGGGUCUUAGCUUGCAGUUUUUUUCUACAAAAAUAUCACCAUGAACAAAAAAUACUCGAAUAUUUUCUGUUUAUGACUAAAAAAUUUAUCACCAACAACGCUUGCCUACUCUUAUCACUUUGAUAGUCACGAUCUACAGAAUAGCUCAUGGCUUAGAUACAUAUUUACGACGGUUAGAAAAAUUAUAAGAGACAAGUCUCAGUAGAAACCGAUACAGUUUGUGUUAAAACAACCAAAUUUCCAGGCUUAUAGUAUUUUACAAAGCAACAUGAGGUCCAUCGUUUUUCUACUGUUUUCCACGUGUUUGGUUCUGAUUUCCGCAGACCGGAAUUUAGAAACUGAAAUCCUACAAAGAUGUAAAUACGUUACUUGCAAUGACGUCAACGAUUUGAGUAAAGAAGCACAUAUUCGCAACUGCAUAAAGACUACUUGUGGUUCACGAUAUCUUAAAGGCAGUCUUUCGAAAUUCUGCUCGGAUAGUUGCAUAGAAGAGGUUAGCAAAAGACACCAAAACCCUAAACCAGAUGAUGACGGGAAACUACCUACGGUCCUUGAUUACUCUUGGAUGGAUUGAAAAGAUUGUUUUUAGUUUUCAAAGACGUAAAAUGCAAAAAUGUGCGCAGUAAAAAGUGUAAUAUAUUUUUCGGAAUAAUACAUAGCAAAUAAUGUAUCAAUCGUUACAAAAGUUUA